AUGGCCUCCUCAAACGAAAUCCCCAACCUCAGAACGCUCCUCGGACAAGGCCGCGGCGGACCAUCACGAGGAAGAGGACAUGGAAGAGGUGGUCUCGGAAGUUCCAAUGAAGAACGGGCACAAGUUCUCGACAAUGCGGUCAAGGCUACAGAUCAAGAUGCGGCGGGGAGCAGGGUGAGCUGCGUAGAGCUUGGCUAUCUUCACGACCCAUAUGCGAAGCUGUUCGCGACACAGCAGACGGCAAGAAAGCUGCCAUUGCUCAACAGGGGUACCUACGUUCGCACCUCGGCCAUUGACCUCCUCGUCGCCAAGUUCCUCAUGACCUAUCCGUCGUCGGCGAAGCAAAUCAUCUCCCUGGGUGCCGGCACUGACACGCGAUUCUUCCGCCUCCUUGACCUGUACCCUCAGAUGCGCCUCGUAUACCAUGAGAUUGACUUCCCUACGAAUACGCUCGCCAAGAUAGCCGCCAUCCAGAGGCAUCCACUGCUUCACCGGAAGCUACUACACAUGCCAUCAACUUCAGCCUCCUACCACUCCGACACAUACAACAUUCAUGCGCUCGAUCUACGCUCUCUGGCGAGCUCGUCAGAGGAGACGCCCCUGCCUCCGAUUCCGAAUCUCGACCCGAGCAUACCUACACUGAUCCUGUCUGAGAUGUGCCUCGUCUACCUGCAGCCUUCGACAAUGCAAUCAAUAGUGUCAUCACUACUGACACACUAUCUACGACCUGCGACGCCCACCUCUCUCAUCCUCUACGAGCCCAUCCUACCCCAAGAUGCCUUUGGCCGGACCAUGAUCUCGAACCUCCAGACACGCAACAUCCACCUUCAUACAUUGACGGCCUAUCCCGAGUUGGGCGAUCAGCGUGCACGCUUGCAGGGCUAUGGCUUGACAGGCGGAGCCAAGGUUGCAGAUACAAACACUAUCUGGCGGAGAUGGAUAAACGACGAGGAGAAGGAGCGCAUUGCUGGUCUGGAGUUCUUGGAUGAGCUGGAGGAGCUGGAAAUGCUACUCCGGCAUUAUUGCGUCGCGUGGGGCUGGAGAGACGGCGAAAACGACGUCUUUUCCAAGGCUUGGGCACAUGUUGAAGAGUAG